CAUUUUAUAAUUUAUCAAUGAUAUGAAUCAUAUCGGCGCUCAUUCGGAGGUUAUGUUUCCCUUGGUAGAGAGUAGACGGUAGAGUGAGUGGAGUAACACACAUCGACGCAGACUCCAGAGUGACGACUGUUCGAUGAAUUUUUACGGAAUUCUCUCUUAAAAUCAAACACGUGAGAAUUAUGCUUGUUAUCUUGUUUAUCUUAUUAAUCGGCGGUAACAAUAAUAACACACGACACUCGACAGACACGUAAUUCCGCAAGAGGCAGAUCAAGGCAGAUGCAAUUGGAUGCAAUAUGAGGAGAGACGUAUCCCUGGUCUGCGUUCUAGGUUAAGGAAAGAUUUGAAAGAACUAAAAACAAUUUUUUUAAGGGUAAUGAAUCAAAGUCUAUACGGAUGAUACAUCCUUAAUCUUGUACCAAUUGCAAUAAAUAAUACAAAGCGAUUAACAUAUGCAAAUUGCAAUUUUAUUAUCCACUGUUGACCUUCCAAUGAAUAAAGUUGAAGAAUCAAGUAUUUGUCAGGAAAAUAUGACUUUGAAAGCAAUGAUAAAUGAAAAUAAGAACAACAAUAGUAGCAGCACGAAUUUUCUUACGUCGGAUGUGGAAAAGGAUGGUCUUGAGAAUGAGCUUUUGGACCAUGUGGCUAAUAGUAAAGCAAUCUUCAAGAGCCAGCAGAAGGGAGAACCUGAGUUGCUGUUUGAAGAGAAGCGUGCUAUAGCUAGAACACUGUUGGAAAAAAGUCACUGCUCGUUUUUGUCUAAAUUUGGACAUUACUUGAAGGUGGAACACUUGGAAUAUUUUAGUGAGAGUCAGGAUUAUGAGACAGUCCAUCAUGUGAACAGGUUGCGGAGAUAUUUUAACAAUUCUACACGGCAUAUUGAUAUUAGAAAUAGAAGAUACGAAGCUUUGAAGACAUUGAUAGAGAAAGGAGAUUACUUCAGCGAAUGUGAAAUGAUGAAGAGAAAUCCAUUGUUGUAUGAACAUUUAGUAGGACAGUAUUUGACAGAGGAGGAGAAAAAGGCUAGAGAUAGCUUUGACACACAAAAUUCAAAUUAUGUGGAUGUACUUAUGGAAACCAUCGAAAGAAACAAAUUACAGGAUCAUUUAAAAUCUCAACAGCAGGAAGAAGAUGAAGUACAAGAGGAAAAUGAUUCAGAUGAUGAAGAUGAUAAUAGCAAAAGCAGCAUUGUAUCUAAAAAUUUAGACAAACAAAAUUGUCAACAAUGGGGUGAGGAUUUAAAGGAUGAGGACAAGAAUAAAGUAAAAAAUAAGGAUAGAGACAAAAAAUUACAGAGCAGUAAAAUAUCGAACCAAGAAAUAAAGUUACUUAAGCAAGAAUUUGUUACAAACAUGUAUCAGAAUUUUUUGGAUGGUAAAGAUAGAGAUUUUGAUUAUAGUACAGUAGAUGACAACGAAGCUUAUGAUAAUGUAGAAUUGAGAAAUCAAGAUGAAGAAGAAAAAUACUUUGAUUCUGAAGCUCCCGAAACUGUUCUUCCAUGUAAUGAAUGCAAUGACCAAAACGAAUCUGAAGAUGAGUUGGAUAUAUAUAUGAGAUCACUGAAGGAACAGACUUCUACGAAUCCACACUCUUUGGAUAAUCAGACAUAGCCCUGCAUACAUUGGGUUACAAUAAAUAUAUUUGUAUGUAGCAAA